UAUUAAGACAGUAUCAGCAAAAUAUUGAAGGUUAGUAGCUACAGAACGUGUCUGAGUCAGUGUCUUCUGGCAGGUGACAUCACACAGACCGGCGCCCGCACCCCGCCAUGGCGUCCAGCCCACCUGAUGGCUCACAGGACUGGUUGCAGGCGCUAAUAACACAAUUACCUACAGAGGAGCUGGUCCAGGGUGUGCAUGAAGGAGAUGAGGCACUGGUGAGGUAUGCUCUUGCUAUGGGUGCCCGCCCUGAUGUCACCGUCCUCAAUACUGGUGGGUUGUCGUUGUGUAUGGUGUGUGUGGCUGCCAGCGAGGGCCACGACCACCUUCUGCCUCACCUACUUCAGGCAGGGCUGAGCAUAGAAGGAGGAGGCACUGAUGACAUGACACCACUGAUGAUGGCUGUUGAGAAUGGCCACACCCACACAGUGAAGGCACUUCUUUCUCUCGGCGCAAACACUCUGGCGACCGAUAGGCGAGGAUGGACAGCCCUUCACUUUGCUGCAUGGCGGGGAGAGCCGGAGUGUGUGGCUUCCCUCCUGCCCGUCACCCCUGCUACUGGCGCACACCAGGAAGGGGUCACACCGGUGCACGUCGCCAGUUACCAUGGCCAGGUGCAGGUACUGAAGCAGCUGGUGGGGGCCAGCUGGCCCCUCAAUGCCAGGGACAGUGCUGGCCGCACAUCCCUACACACUGCUGCCAGUGGGGGACACAUAUCAGCUGUGCGGUGGCUGGUGCGACGAGGUGGUGACCCACACGUGAAGGACAAGAAUGACUGCACCCCAUUAGACAUGGCCAUGCUGUAUGGCCGCCACGAGGUGGAAACCUGGCUAGCCAAGAAUGGUGGCACUGGCGUGACUGCGGGCAGCAAGGCUCCGUAUGUGGCUUUGGAGGCUCUGAGGGAGUGGCAGGGACAGCAGGAAGAGCACCACAACACAGUGUUGUCCUGGAUGGUGGAGGGCUACGACACAUUCAUGGAAUACGUCCCCAAAAUCAAGGAUGGUCAUGCAAUCAACCGGGACGGUCUCACGGCCCUCCACGCCGCAGCAUUGCGCGGGGCUCCCAGUGGUGCUGUUAAGGCUUUGCUAAAACGUGGCAUCAGCCCUCACGUGUUGACCCCUAACAACGAAACACCAGCAGACUUGGCACGACAGGAAGGUCAUCGCCCAAUGAUUGAGGCACUGGACACCCACCAGUGUGAACAGAGUAUUGAAUCCCCGGAACACCUGCACCAAGAGCUGCUCAGAACAAUCACUCAUGGGGACAUAGUACAGGCAGUGUCCAGCCUUCUAUGUAAAGGUGCUCCCAUAGAUCCGUUUGGUGGCAAAUCUGCUCUCAGACUGGCUAUCUCCAAUGACCGUCCCCUCACAGUCAGCUUGCUGCUGGUUAGUGGCGCGGCGCUGCCUGCCAACCUGCUGCGGGAGGCUUGGCAGAGUCCUGACGUCACCCAGAGGGUGCUGGCACUGCUCACCACCGUGAGUAUCCAUUGUUGCCUGUUUCAGAGCACUGCCAAACUGUAAAAGUAAGGCCGAGCACUGGCACAGGACCCCAUUCUC